CUGCUGAGAUGUACGAACUUCCGUUUCUCAAGGCAGGGGCCGCCGCUGCCGCCUCUUACACCUGCUGCGGCCGGGUCUUAGCCCUGUGUUUGGUCUCCUUUUCCGGGUUCUCCUCUGCGCCCAUGGUGCCUUUUGGAGCCAGGGCUGCGGGCCCGGCGGCUCCCGCGUAGUGAGAGGGCGGUCCGGGAACGAUGAAGGUCUCGCAUGGCAGCGGCUGUCUCAGCCGCCUGCUGGCCUUAGCCCUCCUGCCGCUGCUGCUGAGAGGGCCCUUGGCCGUGCUGCUGCCCGCGGCCGAGGCUGCGCCGGACCGCGGUCCUCCGUACCAUGGGCCGCGGACCCUGCCGCCCCUGCCGCCGGGUCCCACCGCUGCCCGGUCCCAGGGCCGCGCUCCGGCUGAGGCCGCGGGGCCACGGGGCUUUGAGGGCGGCAAUGGCAGCAGCCCCGGGACAGGGCUUGCGGCGGACGACCUAGGAGGGAAGGCAGGGGAAGAAGGCUCUGUGGGUGGCGGCCUCGCUGUGAGCCCCAACCCCGGCGACAAGCCCAUGACCCAGCGGGCCCUGACAGUGUUGAUGGUGGUGAGCGGCGCGGUGCUGGUGUAUUUCGUCGUCAGGACGGUCAGGAUGAGGAGAAGAAAUCGAAAGACUAGGAGAUAUGGCGUUUUGGACACUAACAUAGAAAACAUGGAAUUGACACCUUUAGAACAGGAUGAUGAGGAUGAUGAUAACACAUUGUUUGAUGCUAAUCAUCCUCGGAGGAUAUCAUCUGGAAACACACGAUGUCCAUCUGUCCUUCGUGAGCGGUAGUAACGUUGAUGGACCUGCUCAAGGUUUCAUCCAGUUUCUCCAAUAAGAAUGUGCCUUUUGAUGAGAGGACUUCAUCUUUCUACAAUGAGGAGCAGAAUUUCUACAUUUAAGGAAUAAGAAGCCACAUUAUCAAUGGGGGGGUAUUUAAGCUACAUAUAUUAUGGCAACCUUUAAUUUUGUUGUUGCAAUAAAUAUUGUAUCAUUUUGUUAUGUCUUUGUAUGUAUAGAAGUGCUUUUAAUGGGCUCAGACUUGUUGGGAAUAAACCACUGUAGUAGAAAUCUGUUUGAAAUUACUUUAAAGUGGGGUGUUUUCUGAUCAGUUUAUUUCUUGUUUACCAUAUUUAUUGUUAACUUAUAUACAAGUUAGUUAAUGGGGUUUUUUUUUUGUUCUUUUGUUUUUCUCUAAUUUUUUCCCCCACUGUAAUUACAAAUCCCAACAACCAACUGAUGUGUAAACAAAAUUUUAAUGUUUCUUUACCAAAAUGUAUUUCCCAUUUCUGCAGGGAAAAGAAGCCAAAUUUAUUACUUUGAGUUUGAGUUUUUUUAAUAUUAAUAAAUAUCUGAGUUGUAUGCAAAAUAAAUAUUUCAAAAUUUUUUUAAGGUGGUACAGAAUAUGUUUACGAUACCAAAUGAAAGACUACAGAAUUAUAUUUUAAUGUGUAUUUUACAUGAUUUCUAGAGAAAUGUGUCAAAAAAUUUAUUAUUGUAUUUUAGCAACAUCUUUGUUAACUACUUUGAUUAGGUAUUUCAGACACUAGUAAGUCUCAAAACCAUUUUAUUUACAGUAUGUGAGAAAUAGAAGUAAUGGCAAAAAUGUUCUGGUCUUAUUAUGCUGUAGGUGAGUAAGGAAUUAAAGUAAGUGCAUAGACUUUGGAGUUACUCCUGUAUGCAGAGAAUGACUUCAUUAUCUCUGAAAAAAUUAUUUAACUCUAUUGAGCUUCAGUUUUUACAUUCUAAAAAUUAGAGAACAUAGGAAAAGCAUAGGUCACAAACUCAGUUGCUUACAAGGGCCAGGGAGGUAAUUUAAUUGCCUAUACGUGAGUCAGGAUAGGCUAGGUUAUGUCGUACUAACAGAAUGUCCCCAAAUCACACAGAUUACAACAGAUUUAUUUCAGUCAUGCUGCCCAUUUGUUAUGGACUGUGAUUCUGCUUUUCAUUGUUUUUUCGUCAGGGCCAAGAGUGAUGGGGAAACCUCUGUCUGCAAUAUUGCCUUGUAGCUAAAUGUCCAGAUGUCAUGAACUGCAUGCUAAUUCAUAAGCUUCUGCCCUAAAAUGAUAUAUUUCAUUUCCAUCUACAUAUUAACAAACCCUAAGGCCACUCCAAAGUUCAACAAUGCAAGAAUAGGUAAUACUCUAGUGAUGAGGUAAGUUGGAAUAUUUGGCCACCCCAAAUGCCAGCAUAGUUUUACCUGUAUGCUGAUUGACUUAUCACAAUGAGUCAAGUCCCCCUGAUGUCAGUGUGUCUGCGAAUAUUGUGUAAGCAGGAACUAAAGUGAAAAUACAUUUCCUCUUCUAACAUGAUCACUUUGGUUCAGUUCCCACUAAUAUUUACUAUCAGGAAAUAUCUGCCAGUGUUUCUAAAUCUUUCAGUUUUAAUUUCCAGUAGAAGCCAAGACUCCAUAUUUCUUAUGUGAAGUUUCAUCAUUUUACAAUGUUACUAAACCAGAACACAUUUUUGCAUUAAAUUUAGCCACAUACCUACCGUUUUGUGACAUUUGAAAAUCAUACACUACAGUAUCAGUAAUUCACAUAACUGCUAUUAUUUAUAAACUGAAUGUUACAUUAAAACUAGAGAUAAGAAUCAAAUCUUUUUCUUUAGGCAGUAAAAUUCUAAUUUUUAAAUAACCUGAAGUAAUGAUAAGUUUCAUUAAUGGUCUCCUGGUUGGUUUUAAAGGAGAUAUUACCAAAAUGUUUUGAGCAGUGGCAACAGUUUUAUAAGAAAUAUACAGUUUCUCUUGAUGACUACUUUAAAAAGAGUAUCUUUCAACUGAAUGUGGAAAUUCUUACAUGUUUAUUAAAAAUACUCUUAUAUCAUUACUUUCAUAUAGUCAUUCCUGAACUGCAGAUCUACUGUUAUAAUCAUAACAAGCCAGAUGGUACACCAAAUUUUAGUUUCAUUAGCUAUGUAACAAGCAUGUGCAUUAAAUGGGUAGGAUUUUCAACCUACAAAGCUAUUUGUACAUUAUAAAAUAACUGGCAGAAUCUUAAAUGUUUUGAAUACAUGCUACUAUUCUCCUUUUCCAUUUUCUACUUCCCUUUGGCUGUUUAUUGGUAAGAGCCUAACAUAGGAAUUGGAGAUCAGUAGACACUAGUGUAAUUGCAUUUAUAGCUCAGUAAGAGACUAAAUGGGGAGGAAGAGUAACUAAUAGACAUUCUAUACUUAAACCGGAAGCUUCUGACCAAGCACCACAUGGGGCUUGAAAAUCAAGUGGCUUCUUUCUGCCUAACUUCUCGUAAUUAUUAGGUCAGUAACAACUGCUAUGAAAACAAGCCUUCAGACUGAGUAGUCAGUCUGCAUACUGUCAGCUUCUAGCUGGUUUUUGGGUUUAGUUGUCUUCCAAGGAUAUAAUCUAUCACCAAUCCUCUUUUUUUCUUUAAUUAUUAUUUUUGCUACUUUAGUUUUAAUUUUAUAAAUUUUCACUUAGAAUAGUUUUACCUAAUUUACUUUUCUAAGUGAAGCAAUAAAGGAAAGAUAAUUUUUUUCUUUCAUGCUGGGAGGUAAAAAGAACUUAAAAGAAAAAUGAUGAAAGGGAUAAGUGUAGUGACGAUGCAUUCCACAAACAUGUGCGACUGGAACACUUACCCCUGAGUACUCAUUUUGUCACCCCCCACCUCCAAGGAGAGCUUUCAUGAGAAGCUUUACCUUCAGUGACUUAUAAGUUAGGCAAAAGUUAUUCUCACUUCAGAUGCUAUGCUUGAUUUACUAAGAUAGAUGUUUGAUAUUUUCCUUCAUUUCACAGUAUCAGCUCAUCAAUGAAGAUGAAUGUUUUAAAUCUAAAGUCUCCAGUGUAUUAUUGGCCCAUGCCAAUAGCAUAUGACAAAAUAAUAAGAAAAGCAAAACAGAAAAAAUUAGGGGAAGGGCCCUCCCCAAAACUUCCAUAUCUGGCUGGUUGAGAAACCUUGGCUGCUACAUGUUCCACUAAAAGAUCCUAUUAUUGAACCAGAGUAGAGGAUCUGUAGUCAGUUUUCUAACUGUUUUUGCAUCUGACUCUAAAUAUAUGUAUUUUUAUUUGAAUUUCUUUCAUCCUUAUUAUACAGGUUCCUUCAGUGCCCAUCCUGUAUCGCCAGGGAUAAGGUAAAAUUAUUGAGGUAGAUUUUCUCAAAUAGGUAUUUGGAGCAAAGUAAGCUAAAUAUUUGUGAUAGAUACUUCUGUUAAUCUGCCAGGACCCUUUCUAGGGCAGCCUGGGCCCACACCUAUUGUUAAUACCUAAAAAGGAUUAGGAGUUCAUUUCAUUCUUUGAUUCUGCUUAUCCUCUUGCCUAAGGAAAGUUCCGGGACAGCAGCUUAGGGUGUUUUGUUUUGUUUUAUUCCUUAUCUUCAAAAUAGAAAGGAUGACAAUGAUUAAACCUCAGAUUUUAGCUCUUUCCUCUUACUUUAUGUAUUUUUCCGCUAAUCUAUUGUUACUAUUCCUCUUUGUAGGGUCUGAUCUCCUUUCCUAAAAUUCGAACUAUAUUUUACCUAGUAAGCUUCUCAUGGACCAAUAGCUCAUCAUGGAUAAGUCAACUAAAGUUUAGGUAGACUAGUACCAUUGUGGUCAAGGAUGUCCAGGAAGCCUGCAGAUUUUCUUGUUUCCAAGCAACAGACACAUGACCUUUGAUUAGUUGCCCUUAGCUUGUCAGAUAUGCAAUACACCUUACCCAGAGCUUUUGACUUAACAAAUCCUAAAAUCAAAGGUAAGAUCAGUAUAUGCAUAGAGAAUAACCUAAACAUCUGUACAAGUAGAAAGUGACUGCUAUAACAUCAGAUUGAAAUCCUCAGCCAUUCUGAAAAGGAACCACUUCACACUUAAGAGCAGAGCUACAGAGACUAACAGAC